AUGCUGUCCCCAAAGCUGUCUGCUCCUUCGGCCUCACUUUUGCGCUUUCUACAUAGACAGUCUGGGGUUACGACUACUCCAUCAUGCGUUCGCCCAAAAUGCCUCGGUCGUGACACACCCUACUCAACAGGACGAACCUCCAAACUUCCUAGCUGGACACAUCUCACGACCCCGUGUCCUACAAGAAAUGAUGGCGUCACGAAAGUUCGACCGAGCGCGACCAGGCCGACAUUAGUGCCACCAUCAAUGCCGUUACAGGUAACAUUUUCGCGUCUCGCAUCCACUAAAAGCCGCCCAUUCCUCCGACGGCUGUUUGAUUUGAAGCGGAAUAAAGCAUCGGAAUACCAGAACCAAAGGCCUGCAGGAUCUGGGCUUAUGGACGAAGGCUCAGAGGGUUUAUUCAAUAUUGGUCGCAGUCUUUCCGCCAAGGCUUCAAACGAGUUACGGAUUCGGUGUACCGAGUUUGAUAUCAAUGGGGACGUCACACUUGUUAAUGGGGAGUUCCGGAAACUGGAACUGAUUGCAAAGUACGGACUUCUUCCUCGAGACCUGCGCAAGAUCGAUUCCUCAACUCUCCCUCAUAUUCUGGUACGACCGAGAGCCAUUUUAAUCAACCUGCUUCAUUUGCGAGUCCUCAUCAAAGCGGAUCGAGUUCUCGUUUUCGACGCGUAUGGAUCAACAGACUCAUACAUGCAAUCGUUGUUUAUCUACGAUCUAGAAGGAAAGCUACGCCAAAAGCAAUCACAGCUUGCCUCUCAGUUCAGCCAGUCACUCCCAUAUGAGUUCCGUGCGCUGGAAGCCGUGCUCAUCAGUGUCACAAGUGGCCUCGAGGAGGAAUUUAAUGGCGUGAGAGAUCCGGUCGUGCGUGUUUUACGUGCGCUGGAGGAGGAUAUUGAUCGUGACAAGCUCCGACAUCUAUUGAUAUAUUCCAAGAAACUGGGUACAUUCGAACAGAAAGCUCGAUUGGUUCGAGAUGCUAUUGAUGAUCUGCUAGAAGCAGACGACGAUCUGGCAGCUAUGUAUCUUUCUGAAAGAUCCAAAGGCAAGGAGCGAGAAGAGGAUGAUCACCAAGAAGUUGAAAUGCUCCUGGAGUCAUACCACAAGGUUUGCGAUGAAAUCGUUCAGGCCAGUGGCAACCUUGUGACGAAUAUUCGCAACACAGAAGAAGUAGUCAAAGCUAUCCUCGAUGCCAACCGCAACUCGCUCAUGCUUAUGGACCUCAAGUUCAGCAUUGGAACACUCGGCCUCGCAACAGGAACAUUAUUCUCUGCUCUCUACGGAAUGAACUUGAAGAACUUCAUCGAAGAAAACGACUUCGGCUUCGGAGGUGUCUCAGUCAUUUGCUUCACCCUUACCGGCAUUGUCUGCAUUUAUGGACUUGCCAGACUUCGCAAACUCCAGCGUGUCCGCAUGUGGGGUGAAGCCGGUGUGGGAGGAACUUCUCCUCUCGCUCCGCUAUCCCCAAAGCGCAGUGCAUUUGGCGUGAACCGUAAUAAUUGGCGCGCUGAUUCGAUUGAACCUGUAUGGGGCAGCCUUCCAGGUGAAGGCAGACCCGAGCGUAUGAAGCGCCUCAGAGAGCACGCGGCUGCUCAGGCUGCAUCCCGGAAUACCAAAUUUGGAGUCCCUGGCGCAGCAGCAGCACAAUCUUCAGGCCCAGCCCCUCACACCACGCAUUGCGCAGAAGAUGCCAAGGGAACCGACAAGGAAUAG